AUGAAUACCGUGCCCCCCCGUCCUCCUUCAAGAAACGGGAUUGGGUCUCCUUCCACAAGGCCUGCGAACUCCUCAGUUCCUCGACCUUCUUCGAGAAACGCCACCAAUACACCAGCAAGCAACAUGCCCUCGUCAGCGCCCAUUGCUCCUUCAGCCAAUGUACGACCUUCAAUACUGCGUUCACCUUCAAUGAAUGUCCCUGCUUCUGCGAACCCCUCAAGUACUCCGCCUUCUUUUCCUCGUCCUCCUUCCCGAAACGCGGGCACCACGACAAUUGUUGUUCCUAUAAGCAACCCAGCCCCGUCUGUUCCUCCUUUGCCAAAUCCCUCUUCAUCAGUUUCAAGAACUCCCUCGAGGAAAGCGCCCCCCUCGAUCUCUCAUGCACCUCUAAGUUGCUAUUCCUUUGGAACGAAAGGUUGCCCCUUCGGUAAUCGCUCUGUUCGAAGGCACGAAACUUACUCCGGCGGUUGCGACUCCCAUUGUUCCCUUGCGGGACGCCUCUUCCGUGCCGACCAAAGCGGGAUCGCUACCGCCGACGGCUCCCGUCAAAUCAGCCACAUUGAGGACAAAGGCAAAUACAAAUCUUCCAGAACGGCGCGGUCCGAGGCGGUUGCAGCGUCGGGGAAGGUCCUGACACUUCCAUUCCUUGCCAUUCGCAAAAUUCGCCCUCGCUUUCAGGUAAUUUCUGAAGCAGUGUCUUUGACAGAUGAAGUAUUGAUGUGCGCCAUCAGUUUGGAUAGUCUGCUUGUCAUGUUCGGGUUCUCCGUUUUAGUAGGUCCUAUCAACCACAUAAAACACCUUGUGUCCAAGGAUCGACUACCAUUCUCUGCUGUUUAUUUCGGGAGUCUUGGACUGACGUCAUAUUUUUCACUUGGCGUAUGUAUCACCAUUCUUGAUUUCAAUUAUUUAUUGACCUUUCUCGAAUGUCAGGCUCAUCCAUGGCUUGGUUCUUUGGUGGUCCAGGUAUGUCGUGGUCAACGAAUCGGCCUUUCCUUAUUUAUUUUU